UGGAAUGGUCAAGAAGGACGUAGGGCAGAUCCUCUAAAUUUGACGAACUGCUUACCGAUCUAUCCCUUGUUACUCCUGUCAGGUUGGUUAGCAAAAAGAGGUGAAGAUGCCGAACGCUGAUGAAAUCGAGCGUGGCCCGGCCGCUACGCUAGAGGAUUUCGUCAAGGCACUCGAGAAAAGGGAGUUGGCACGACUUCAAGUGUCGAAAGUUAACAUCUUCCAUUUUAAUGGGGACAGAGUAUCCGAGUGGCUGGAACUGCUGGAGCAGGUUACGGCCGAGGUGCCUGAGGCAGAUAAAUUCAAGUUCCUACCCAGGUACGUCUCGUGGGAAACUCGGCCCGAGGUAAUGAAGGUGGCUGCUGGAGCAGGAGGAGACUGGGCUAAGUUCAAGGCAGAAAUGCAGAGGCGGUUCAAGUUAGGGGAUGGCUUGUUAACGAAGACAGAUUUGGAGAUGUUACAACGGGACGAGUUCUCCACGGUGGGAGCUUUCGCAACGACAUUUGAGAAGAUGGCCAAGAAAGUCCCCGGAUUGGCGAAAGAAGAACAAUGUGCCACUUUCCAGGGGCACUUCAAGAAUUGGGAGGCCUCGUCGCUAACCAAGAAGGCUGCGCCAGGAAAGAAGCUCACUUGGGCCGCUAUAAACGAGGACGUAAUGGAAGGAGAGCUGGACCAAAUAAGCACAGCUUCUUGCGGCUGCCCGAGACCCCAAGCUCAGCAGGUGAGCCACCCAAACCCUCCGCCUAACCAACCUCAGCAGUCAGCCCCACAAGGAUCGCAAGGCAACCGAGGUGGUGGACGUGGUCAGAAUCAAGGAUGGGGACGAGGGCGAGGGAAUGGUGGCCGAGGAGGAAAUGUCAGGGGUAAUGGUGGUGGUAACGCUGCAGGCCGGGGAAACGAGGGUUGGACGACAUCCAGGAGUCAAGGCGGUCAAGAGGGUGGAGGAGGUGCUGGCAGGGGGAGAGUAGACUGGAGAAAUGCCAUUUGUUGGCAUUGUGGGCAAAAAGGCCACACUAUUAAGUUCUGCCACGUCAGGAGGAACGACGAGGACAAAGGUUUAAUUAGCACCAACUAUGAUGGAGACAUGUACGACAAGUGGGGUUACCACCUUGACCCGAAGAUUCUAGGCGGUACGAGAAAGGAAGCCAUGCGGAAGGCUGAGGCCGGUGAGCCACCCGCACCACCAGCCAUGUUUCGGAUAUGGCAGGAGAAAGAGGUUUGUAGUGACGUCAGGGUGGAGGAGGUAGGAGAGAACGCAGAGGUGGAGCAAGAAAGGAAGGCCGACACUACUAAGGCAGAACCGAUCAUAGUAGAGUCCGACGAUGAGAUUGAGGAAUAUUGCUGGAACAGGCCGCUGCGUGCUGAGACAGGGGAAGAUUGUUGGAGGACGGCCCGACAAAUGAUGGAAAGAAUGGAAGACUUAAUAGCUAAAGUCGGGAGGUACCAACAGAAGUUGGCCGAUAUAUGUGAUGAGGUCAGGGAAUGGAAAGGUAAGGAGUCAUUGGUAUAUCUCUACGAUCUUGGUCCAGGGUCGCAGGGAGGAUCUGGCAACAUACCAAAUGUCACGACUUCGGGCCCGACGCCAAGGUCCGGGAUGACUUAUAGGCCACCCUCCAGGACGGGGAGGGCGCCACAUGCGGUCAGGACGAGGGCUAAAGGGCCGGUGAGUCCCGGAGAACCGGCCAAGGAUGUUCCUGAACCAAGUGGAGAGAAAGAGGUAGUGGACGUUCCAGAAGGGGAGGAUAACAAAGAUGAUAGGUUAAGGAAGGAAGAGGAUGAGAAGGCUGAACAGCGAGCCAAAAAGAGAGGUGCCAAGUCGGACAUAGACAAGGCACAGGAAGUAAAGAAGAAAAGGUAUGCGGUCCGCGUAGAGGAAGGGUUCGACGUAGAAGAGAUAAUGGACAGGAUUCUCGAAGGUCAUAACCAUCUUAUGAACCUGAGGGAUGUCCUGGCCUCAGCGCCCAGGCUCAGGAAUGAGCUAAGGGCGCGACUAUCCAGGAAGAUGGUGGCCAGCGUGCGGUUAGGGACUAUAAUCCCUAAGGAGGCUGAGUGGGCCGAGACAGGCACGAAAAUGGACUGGAAGUCAGUAGCCUGUGGGUGCCUCUAUGUGGUGGUAAAAGGGAAGACGUGCACAGCAAUGGUGGAUAGCGGCUCAAAAAUGAACCUCAUAAAGGAGGUAGAUGCAGUGCGUCUAGGGAUGGAGGUAGAUCGCUCCGACAACGGGGUUCUGAUGGGAGCAAACAGUCGGUCGAUCUUCAUAGGGACCGCAUCGUGUGUGAUUCUAGAGAUUGGGAAGGUAAAAGAUUUACAGCGCCUGAAUGCUGUGACGGUGAGGGACACAGGUGGUCUCCCCAACGCUGAUGCGCUUUCGGAGGCAUGCGCUGGGAGGGCCAUCAUAUCCCUCAUUGACUUGUAUUCAGGCUACGAUCAGUUCCCUGUAUACCCGUCGGACCGGCCUAUGACAGCCAUGCAUACCCCUCGAGGGCUGAUCCACAUGAACGUCGCACCGCAGGGGUGGACGAAUGCGGUCGCUAUGGUCCAGCGGCACAUGGUGAGGGCGAUGCAGCCCAUACGUCCUCACAUCACGCAGCCUUACAUUGAUGAUCUGGCUGUGAAAGGGCCCAAAGAGAAGGAUGAGCAGGAGGUGAUGCCAGGAAUCAAGCGCUUUGUGUGGGAUCAUGUGCAAGACUUGUGCAAGGUCCUGGAUCUCUUGGAGGAGCAUAACCUCACUGCCAGUGGGCCAAAAUCGAGGAACUGCAUGAGUGGUGCCACUAUCUUAGGAUUUGUAUGGCUGACGUACAUCUGGAUGUUUGACUUCGAGUUGGAGCGAAUUCCUGGGACUAAGAAUAGGGCAGACGGGCUGAGCCGAGUCGACUGGGACAAGAACCAUCAAGGAGUGAUCGACGAUACUCCACCGGUUGACGGGUUCCUGGACAGUGAGGAGGAUGUAAGACUUCACAUCAACUCCUGGGCACUGGCCGUGGGUUGGAUGAUGGAGCUGGCCUUAGCUGGCAAGUACGAGCUGCAGGAACACCCGCUUACAAUUGAAAAUGGGGCGCUACAGGUGGGUGAGCACAAGAAGAUGAUAGGUGGGGUGUACCUGCUGGCAAAUGCACUGCUUCAAGAAGAGACGGUCAGAAAUACGGUACUAGACCAGGAAGAGGAGGUAGAGCCGGGAGAAGGUGAUAAUGUGAUCCACGAAAGGGAGGACGACGACUUUGAGGAACGUGAGAUUAAAGAAGCCUUUCGAGCAGAAAAAUAUGAGGGGGACCUCGAGACUGAUCUGACCUUUGAGGAACUGCUGUAUUUGAGGGCACGACAGAUCGGCGCUAUUGAGGACAGGAUUGAGGAGGCAGCAAGUAGGAUCGCGGACAGCCGUACCAAGGACAAGUUCAGGUGGGAUAAGAUGGCAAGAGUGAGAAAGGAGCCUCUCAAGUGGACUGCAUGCUUGGAGGAACCUAGGGACGAAGAUACGCUACCAUCACGGCAGGAGUAUCUGAAGCCUUACGACAUCAUCCCUCACGUCUUUUAUUCGAAGGCGGAGGAAGUGGUGAUCGACGACGACGAAGAAGACAACGACGAGGAAACAUCGGAGGAAGGAAGCUAUAGUGAGUAUAGUGAGGGCGAGCUGAGUGAAGAAGAAGAGGAGGAAGAAGAAAUUGGAUCUGAGUGGGAAGCUCUGCCAGAGGAAGCUGCGCGCACAGGCACAGAAGCAGAAGACCCUGAGGCCGCACGCAAGCGGGAAGAAAUCGCCACUAGGAAGCGCCAGCUGGAGUUAGCCAGCGGAGUAAGGCUGCGCAUCAGUGACGAUCCGACGAAGAAUCCGGAGCCGCCGAAGCCCGAAGAUGGCGACCCCGCAGCCGCCUCCCCAAGCACCUCGCGACGGAGAUGGAGCAGAUCCCCCUCCUCCUCCAUCCCCACCCGUCCCCCAAUUCGCCCACGUACCGAUGCGGGCGAUAGGCCUUCGUCCUCGGACGUUAUCCCGCCGACCCCUUGAUUUUCUCACCCUCGAACAGAUCCGCACCCCCGUCAC